AUGGACUACUCAGUAUCGACGCAAUCAUACGUCAAACUUGCGCUACACGCAGCUAAGCAUCCUUCAAAUGCUGUUUGUGGCCUUCUUAUAGGUGUGGGAAAUGGAAAUCGUGUUUUAAUUACGGAUGCUGUGCCGCUAUUCCACCAUGAAGCCCCGUUGGCUCCUCUGUUCGAGGUAGCGUGUGCUAUGGUAGACGCACACUACCAGAUAGGUCAAAAGAUGCAGAUUGUCGGCUUCUACUAUGCUGGAAGUGGACAUUUACCAUCUGAGUCCGGUAAUGGACUGAGCCACUUUGCUCACAAAGUUGCGGAGAAAGUGGAGCAGAAUUAUUCCCGUGCCUGCGUCUUACUGCUUGAUAAUCAGCAACUUAAUAGUGAAGCCACGACAGGGAUUCAGCUUUUACUAAAGGACAUUAAACGAGGCUGGACAAAGAUGGAGAAUCGACUUAAUGUUGCUGAUGGUGCGACCAAGGUGCUCACUCAAGGACUGAAACAGAAUGUGCAAAAUGACGUAGUAGACAUUGAUGAGCACUUUGAGAUUCCUAGCAAGGACUGGCGAAAUCUACACAUAGCGGAGCUGCUCAAGCUUAAUGUAUAA